CUGUUUACUGGCUUUUUGUGGCGUGCCAGUUUCACAAUCCAAGAAACAUAGGGAUGAGCCAGGCAAUUCAAGUGAGUUUGUGUUACUUCUACUUGUUUGGUACAGAACCCACUACAGCUCGUGGCCUUAUUGGCCAAGUUUUUGGCCUGAUAGUUACCUGCUUGAAGAGGAGGCACUCCUUUCCAGUCUUCCCCUCCCAAGCUCCUAUUGCCAACCAUUAUGCUCUACUGGAUCCACAGUUACACAUAGCAGCGAUCUGCAAGGCGAGCUUGAUACCAUCUUUGAUGAUGAUGUGCUGAAGUACUGGGACGAUAUGGAACAAUCUGAGAGCAAAAGAGAAGAGAGCGAGAAGGGGUUACCGAUAAUAUGUUGUAGUGAUGAGAUAGGAGCAGCCUUCCACACCAAGAGAGGAGAUCGUGUUAGACCAGAGGAGAAGGUUUUGACGUUCAAGCUUGUGUCACGGUACUUCCACCUGCCAAUUGUUCAGGCAGCUCGAGAACUGAAUGUCGGGCUCACGAUUCUGAAGAAGAAGUGCAGGGAUCUGGGGAUCCCUAGGUGGCCACAUCGCAAGAUGAAUAGCUUGCAGAAUCUAAUUAACAAUGUCGAGGUCCUGAAGGAAGCAGGAAAGACAAACGACGACGAGCAGCUGAAGGCGAUGGUAGAGAUGCUGGAGCAGGAGAGGAGGCUCCUGGAAUAGAAGCCAUAUGUUGAGAUGAAGGAGAAGACGAAGAGACUUAGGCAGGCCUGCUUCAAAGCCAAUUACAAAAAGAGACGGCUCUUGGCUCUUGAAGCUUGAGAGGCAUGAAAGUAUUACUGAUGGCCAAGCGUCUCGCAUAAGACAAAAUAUAGUGCAAGUAUUACUCUCAUCUUUCAUCAUAAGAAUCUACUCCUGUCUCCUAUAUUCAGUCCGGUCAAGUUUUAUUAUAUACCGAAAGAUGCUACAUGCCCAAGAUGUUUUGCUGUCUCUAAGAAAAGAUGUUUUGCUCUACUUA